UCAACCCAUUACCCAACGUUUCCAACCCUGGCACUUUCGGACCCAUGGGUCUUGCGGAUUCAAUCCGCUGAAAGUUAAUUUUUGAGCAAAUUCACUCCUCCCAUUCUCAACCUUCAAUGCCCAAUCCCUCUGUGUCUCUUUGAAAAGUUGAAUAACCUUAUUUUAGAAUCGAAACUUGUGUGCCGGAAACUUGUGUGCCGGUCAGGCAUUCUGUGGAAGGGAGUUGAUUGAACUUUUGAUCACUUCGCGAACGAAUUUCAUUUCAAAACUCAUUUGGACGACCUUGCACGCAGCACGACCGCCGCAUCUCACCAUCUCCCUUGGACGAAGCACUUCGGUUCACGCACUAUCGCCUCUCCUCGGAGGCCACCCUCUGGUCUGAUUUUUAAUUUUCUUUUUCAUAUGUGGCAAUUGCAAGUUCACAACUUCACAUCAGCUAGAUGCUUCAGAGGCUAGCAAGAUAAGAGAAAGGGAAAGUUUUGUAAUCCACAUUGACCGACUGAAGUCUUUUAUUGUGUGUAAAGAAGUGCGAAGAGAAGCAGAGUACAGGGAAUGGGUACUCUCCUCAAGUGUUACAAUCCUUUGGCCACGAUCCGUUUCCCUCCUUUUACUCGCUCACUAUGUUCACUUCAACUCAAGCCCCGCGCCACACGCGCCUUCUGUGGAAGGAACAAGAACAAGAGGCCUGCUGUAUUUCGUUGUUUCAGCUCUCUAAAUUCAUCAUCUCUGCCGUCAAUCAACAAUGAGAAUCUUAGAAAAUCCAGUAGCAGCGAUGGGUUUGCUAGUCCGUUUUCAGAGCUAUGGCUCUACAACACAAUGACCAGAAAGAAGGAUCUUUUCAAGCCCAAAGUGGACAGUAAGGUCGGAAUGUAUGUGUGUGGCGUCACAGCGUAUGAUCUUAGUCAUAUUGGCCAUGCUCGCGUCUAUGUCACUUUCGACGUCCUCUACAGAUAUCUAAGGCAUUUGGGAUAUGAAGUAUGCUAUGUUCGAAACUUCACUGAUGUUGAUGACAAGAUAAUCGCUCGAGCAAAUGAAGUCGGAGAAGAUCCAAUCAGUUUGAGCAGGCGUUACUGUGAAGAGUUCCAUCAAGAUAUGGUGCACCUUCAUUGCCUGUCCCCUUCUUUUGAACCACGUGUCUCUGAUCACAUGCCCCAAAUUUUUGAUAUGAUCAAGCAGAUUCUUGACAAUGGGUAUGCCUAUAGGGUUGAUGGAGAUGUGUACUUCUCUGUAGAUAAAUUCCCAGACUAUGGAAGAUUAUCUGGGCGAAGAUUAGAAGAUAACCGAGCUGGUGAACGAGUUGCUGUGGACUCGAGAAAGAGAAACCCUGCUGAUUUUGCUUUAUGGAAGUCAGCCAAGGAGGGGGAACCCUUUUGGGAGAGUCCAUGGGGGCCUGGAAGACCUGGAUGGCAUAUUGAGUGCAGCGCCAUGAGUGCUGCUUAUCUUGGCUACACUUUCGACAUUCAUGGUGGAGGAAUGGAUCUUGUGUUUCCCCAUCAUGAAAAUGAAAUUGCUCAGAGUUGUGCUGCAUGUAAACAGAGCGAUGUAAGUUACUGGAUGCACAAUGGUUUUGUCACCGUUGAUUCAGAGAAAAUGUCUAAAUCCCUUGGAAACUUCUUCACAAUUAGGCAGGUUAUAGACCUUUACCAUCCACUAGCUUUAAGACUUUUCUUGAUGGGGACACACUAUCGAUCUCCAAUAAACUAUUCUGAUGUACAGCUUGAAGGUGCUUCUGAACGUAUUUUCUACAUCUAUCAGACAUUACAUGAUUGCGAAAAUGUUCUGCGCGGGCAUGAUCCGGCAUCUGAGGAUUUCAUCCCUCCUGACAUUCUUGAUGCCAUCAAGAAGUUUGAUAAUGAUUUCAACGCCUCAAUGUCAGAUGAUCUUCAUACAUCAGUUGUUUUGGCUUCAUUAUCAGACCCAUUAAAAACCAUCAAUGAUAUGCUGCAUACUCGUAAGGGAAAGAAGCAAACCAAGCGGAUAGAAGCACUUGCAGCUAUGGAAAAUAUCAUCAGGAGCAUCCUGACAAUCUUAGGAUUAAUGCCAACAAGUUAUGCGGAGGUUCUGCAGCAACUGAGGGAAAAGGCAUUGACGCGUGCAAAAUUAACAGAAGACGAUAUUUUGCGCAAAAUCGAAGAAAGGACAACGGCAAGAAAGAACAAGGAUUAUGAAAAGUCAGAUGCAAUUAGGAAAGAUUUAGCUGCUGUAGGUAUUGCUCUUAUGGACAGUCCAGAUGGCACAAGUUGGAAACCCGCUGUUCCCCUUGCGCUGCAAGAGCAGCAAGUUGCUGCAACGCCAAUGCCUUAGGAGUAAGUUCUCGCACAGCUUUGUGGCUGUAAUACUGUUAUUUAAGAUUUUGAUUGUAGAGCAGCAAGUUCCUAAAGGUAUAAUUUAUACAAUGAUAGGGCAGAGUCUUUGGAGGCCUUGUAAAUGGCACAUUCUUUUUAUAAGCCCUCAAAUUGGGCCUGAAACAAUAAAAUAGUUCGCCAAUCAUCCUUGUUGCUCUGCCUUU